UUGCCAGACUAUAGUUGGCCUUAGAUGCGUGCCAUUAUAUAUCUCAUGAAGACAAAAUUGCAUAUUGUCGUCCAAUAGCGGCAGAUCGAAUAAAAUAAUAAUUACUAUUUAAUAUAAUAAUUGUUAUUUCCUUAGGGAGGAUCUCAAGUAACCUCAUCCUUCUCUGUUUACAAUAUUAUUGCGUAGUGUGUGGGGGACCUAUUAACAAGUCAGCAGUAAUGGCGUCUACGCAUGAGUUUAUCGCGUCGUGUUGUGUUAUGGUGUGAAUAUUCAAGGAAAUCAUAAUCCCUGUAGCCAACUGUAUUGUAACUUUCAAAUACAUUGCUCCUUACGUGCGAUAACAACCAGUAGGUUGCGUGUACAACUACAUAUAUAACAAAAUAUACAUGUAUACAAAAUGUACUUUUAAAUGUAGCGAAACACGGCAAACUUUCAAGAGCGAAACUAACUGUCACCCGCACAAUGCUAUACGAAACAAACUGUAAGAUACAUAUUGUUGCCUGAGAUGUAUUCAAGAUUCUAAAUCCAAUGUAUCCACCGGGAAAACCUUGUUAGUAUGUUUUGUUGGGUCACGUCAUUUCUUUUGCCUUGUAUUGAGACUUCUAUGAUAACCAUAGAUUAUUUAAAUAUGUUCAUAAUAAAGCACAUAAAUAAAUCUCAAAUGCAACUGUUUCUAAAUAUCUAUAAAUAACUUAUAUGUUAGCCUCGGUAAAAUUAUUAUUUUCGUUCAUAUCUCUGAGAUUUUAAUUCUUUUUGUGACAGAUUGUACCUUAUAUCUUUGUCAAUUUUACCAAACAACCGCAGUAAUAAUUUUUAAUUAGUAUUUCAUGACGUGUUUGCAAAGUUUCAUAUUUAUCGGUUGAUUAGUUAAAGUGUGAAAGCGUAACAAAAAAUUUAUACAAAGAUAUUAAAUUGAUUUAUAAUCGGGUAAAUCUAACUUCAACUUAUACCUAAGUCAGAUUAUUAGAGAAUUUAUUAUAAUAAACUGCCUUAGCCUUAUUAGAACUGCAGCACCAACACAUUCUAUAUUGUAGGAAAUAGUAUUCUGGGACGAUAUGACGUCGCUCGAUCUCAUGUUGGCUCGUGCCUCAGACCAAUUAUAAAAGGACCUGUAUCGCACUCCUAGUCAGGAACAAAAUUGUCUGUCAUUUUCUGAAGAAAACGAGCUUAGAUUUGGUAUAUAUCUUAUACUAAACUAGAAGUUUUUGUCCGUUUUUUACACAAUUCAAUUACACAAAAAGGUAUUUUUACGGAGCUCUUUAACCGACGAACACGAUUACAACUAUUUAACAUCGAUUUUAUAGAGACAGUUUUUAUAAUCGCUAUUGGAUCGUUGAUCAUAUACUUUGACAGAAAAGUAACGUCUAGCGAGACAGGCCCUAUACAAUAAUUGGUUUGAGUCUCGUGCCGAUACUAGGUGGCGGUGUUUAUAAAAAUAUUGUUUCCUGGCAACUCGAAACUUUACAUAGACAACAAAAUGACAAAACUGUCAAAAGCUUUUAUACCUAAAAUAUACAUAUAAUAAAUAAUAUAAAACACAUAUUAUUUUUGCAAUAUUCAACGACUGAAAAUAAACGAAAUAACAAAUUUUACAAAGUGUUUCAAUUAGAUACCUUUAAAUAUAGAUAAUGAAAUACACAAAACAAGAAUGGUUUACCCCAGCUGAAGUGGUAAUACACAAUACAGCGACUGACUGUUGGGUCUCUCUGGACGGUAAAGUACGGGAUCUGACCUCUUGGCUGCAAGACCAGUUGAAACUUUGCAAGUGCAAGAAGUCGUGUUCUUGCACAGUCAAGAAUUGGUACUGCGAUAACAGUUGCGUGGAGUACUGUAACUGUUUUAAAAGGGGCUUCUCUUACUGCGAUGCUAAACGACCUGCAAUGACUAUCCUGGCUUACGCCGGCAAGGAUGUCAGCCACUGGUUCAAAGGAGACGAGUGGGUGCACUACAUUCAUCCCGUCGUAGCUUCUAGAACAGAGCACCAUCAACAUGGUCACGGCUACAGACGGCCUGUGGUGCCCUCGACUUUGUGGAGACCUUUCACUAACCCUUGGUGGCUGGACGAGAGCAAUGUCGUGGGGAAACUGACUCAGAGAACCAGACCCAUUCAGAUUACUAAUACCUUGACGAGUUCCAGCGUAACACUUGAAGUGUGCUCCGAAGAGACGAUAUACCAGAUUAUGAUGCGUUACCUUCCUCACAAUUCACACAUGUUGUCAUACACCUGGCGAUACCUCGGUCGCGGGCUCAAGUACGACAAAACCCUGGCCGAGAACGGUAUACCUGAUGAGAGGGAUCGCUUCAAUGAACUUGCCUUGCCUGAGAACCUGCACAUACCUGAUCUGUUGCUGUAUUAUAAUGAUGAUUUGACUGAAGAUCCUCCCAAAGAUGAUUGCUUAUGCCAUGACAUGAAUUGUGUACUGGAUCGUCCUGAAAAAUGCUAUGAAGAUGUGCAGUUUUAGAUAAACUUACUUACAUUUCUUAACUUCCUAUACAUUUAACAUUUUUAUUAUAGCUUUUUCGAUGUGUUACAUUGAACGUUUUCUUAAAUAAUUCGUCACAAAUUUUA